GGGCGGGAGCGGCGACGGCGGCCGCCCCUGGCGGCGGGUUUGUUUAUCCCGAAGAAGAAGUUUAGGAGCGGGAGAUAGGGAAGGAGGGCGGGCCAGGGAGGCGGGAUGUGGUUCGGCGAAGGCGGCCGCCACCGGGACUCGCCGCCAUCGCCCCAGCCGCGGCUCCCGCCGCCGCCGCGCCAGCCGGAGAGAAGCCGCCGCUCCGCACGUCCGGUGAAGUGCUCAAGUUUGUGGGAUAUUGUGUUAAUCUUAGAAGACUACAGUAAAGCGGCAAUGUCUCGGGAAUCUAGCCCAUCUCUCCCUGGAGAUAUGUCUACUGGUCCCAUAGCAGAAAGUUGGUGUUAUACACAGGUUAAAGUAGUAAAAUUUUCUUACAUGUGGACCAUUAAUAACUUCAGCUUUUGUCGAGAGGAAAUGGGUGAAGUGUUAAAAAGUUCAACAUUCUCAUCUAGCCCUAGUGACAAAAUGAAAUGGUGUCUGAGGGUAAAUCCAAAGGGAUUAGAUGAUGAAAGUAAAGACUACUUGUCCUUAUAUUUGCUUUUAGUCAGCUGUCCAAAAAGUGAAGUUCGAGCAAAAUUCAAAUUUUCCCUUCUGAAUGCUAAAAGGGAAGAAACGAAAGCAAUGGAAAGCCAAAGAGCAUAUCGAUUUGUACAAGGGAAGGACUGGGGCUUUAAAAAGUUUAUACGGAGGGAUUUUUUGCUUGAUGAAGCUAAUGGUCUUUUACCAGAUGACAAGCUUACAUUAUUUUGUGAGGUGAGUGUGGUCCAAGAUUCAGUAAAUAUAUCAGGACAUACUAGUACAAAUACUUUGAAGGUGCCUGAUUGUCGACUAGCAGAAGAUUUAGGUAAUCUCUGGGAAAACACAAGAUUUACAGAUUGCAGAUUUUUUGUGAAAGGACAAGAAUUUAAAGCCCAUAAAUCUGUACUUGCAGCUCGAUCACCAGUUUUUAAUGCAAUGUUUGAACAUGAGAUGGAAGAAAGCAAAAAGAAUCGAGUGGAAAUAAAUGACAUAGACCCUGAGGUUUUUAAAGAAAUGAUGAGAUUUAUUUAUACAGGAAAAGCACCAAACCUUGAUAGAAUGGCUGACAGCUUGUUGGCAGCUGCAGACAAACCAAGCAACAGACAUAAUGGAAACAUCAGGGUGGAAGUCUAUGAUACAGUCUCACCCUCAUUUAGUAGCAGAAGCCUUCCGAGCACUUGCAUCUGCACAGUGUCCACAGUUUGGCAUUCCACGCAAACGGCUAAAACAGUCUUGAAAUCUUCCAUGAACGAUAGAAAAGUGGAACUGACUUUAACUCCUCCAGAUCCAGAGGAUUCUAGUACACAAACCAUAAGCAAGAGUUGUUUUUUUGUCUUGUUCAGAGCAGAAGCUGAAAAGGCACUUGGCAUUUCAGGUGGAUAAUUUAUGGUUUAUUCUUCAGCUUUAAAUUAGACGAUUAUACUAACUCACUUCAAAGCCUUAAAUUAUCUUCAGUGACUUCUCUUGUUCAUAUAAUACUUCAAUUUUUUUAUUUCUUUUGUGUGUGUGUGCCUUGUCAUUUUGACCAAGGCUACAUUUUAUAUACAGGAUUGCACUAGCUCUGUAAUGCAGUAAUAUUGAUAACUGAAGAUAUUGUUUCAGAAAGGUCUUCCAUAAGUUUGAGAAAAGCAAAGUGAGUUUUAUAGGAUUUGUCCUAUCUCAAAGUUUAAAACUAGGUUCUCCUUAAAAGCACUUACGUUGGAGAUUACUGGUAAAGUCUCCAGUCUAAGUUCUGUCAGUACAAGAGAGCCUCUUUAACUUGAAGGAAAAUUGCAGCAAUACAAUGCUUCAAUUUCAAUUUAUUACUCAUUUCAGAGGGCAAAUACGCAAUGAGAAGCCAAAUUUUUAGUAAAAUUCAUGAUAUUUGUAUGUCCAAUUAACUAAAAGUAUAACAAACUUUUGCUUGUGUUUCAUUGUGGGUUUAUCCAAGUUUAUGAUGAUUGAGAACAGAUUGAGGUUAAAAUUUCAUAAGAAGGCAUGUUUGUGCCAAACUAAUUUUUUAAUUUAUAAUGAACUGCUUAUAUGAAGAAUUCUAUACAUGUUAGAAGUAAGGAUGACCAAAUAUAAAUUUAAUAAGAGGGCCAAUUAAAGAUAAAUAUGCACUUUUAAUGUUUGACUUUUGUAUGCUGAAUGGUACAUAUAUUUUUUCUCCUUGAGGGAAUUAAUAAGGUAUAAUUAAUUGUGUCUUAACUUUUGAAAGAAUUUUUUUAAGACAAAGGAGGCAACUGGGGUUGUUUGUGAUAAUAGGUAAGAAGGAUUUAAUUGGUUUGAAUUUCAGAUUUUCAAUAUCAAACUUUGGAGAAGAUAUCUGAACAUUAAAUAAAUCCUGUACAGUUUACACUCCUAAGUACAGUGAACUCAUCUAUAUGUAAAGGAGAGAAUGUGUUUUCUUAGUCAGAAACAUGUUAGGCUAUACUCUAUUACUAUUUAUAGAGAAAGAAUUUUUUGUUGCUUUGUUUUGCUUUGCCCUUUACCCUUCUUUCUUUCUCAGUUUACCUUACUAACAUUGUGUAUGAUAAUUGAAAUUCUGCAUAAUGUGAUCAGGAUAAACUAUAGACUAUUUUUUAUGGCCAGUUCUUUAUUACAAAGGAAUUUUAGCUUCAAACACAUACACAUAUUAAAUGUUUGGUAACUAUUCAGACCUGAUAUUUGAUUCAUUGUUCAGAAGAAAUGGGAGUUAUCAGUUAUCAAGUCACUGCAGCUGAUUUUCUGUAAUAGCCUCAGUAUACUUCUUAGGCAAGAUUUGUGUAUUUGAUCACAAGGAGAAGUAUGUCUUUGAGGAAAAAAAAUGCAUAUGUGUAUAUAUGUGUGUAUAUAUACAUGUAUGUAUAUAUUUGAAGAUGUAAUUUUAUUCUCCAGAUAAAAUGUUGUAUUAAUUUAUUGUUUUGAGUAUACAACAAAAGGAGAAAAAACUGAGCUCGAGAUUUUAAAAUAGAUUUUUAUUUUUACUAUCUCUUUGCUACAUAUUCACCAAAGCAAUCCUAAUAUAGCAGGAGUGAUUUGUAUUUGCAUUGAAAGGACUGGAAAUAAUUGUAACCUAUAAAAAUAGAGUAUGAGAAGAUAUUUUCAGAUACCUUCAUUUCUUUCUGAAUAAUUUUUAAAUUGGAAGAACCUCUUAGGGAUAAGCGCAAAAUUACAUGAGUGAAAUCUGUUUCACAUAAGAGUAUUUAAAGGAACAAAGCUCACUUUAUCACCAUAAGCUUUAACCUAUUUAAUUUUACAGUGUACAAUUUUAGACAUCCACACAUAAAUACAUACUAAGAUUUUAAUUUAAGAUGUUACCAGAAUCCUACAAAAAAGAAGAGAAAAAAGGCAAUCUUUCUCAGGUUAUAGAAUUUUGUUGUCACAUAUCAAAAAAUUGCUGUUAUAUUCAUUAUUAGAUGUACACAGGUAUAUUGUAAAUUCAUUGCUUGACUGUACAUUUCUAACUAUAGCAGCUUCAUUAAUUACACCAUAUAAUAAAAACUUCAGCAUCCCAUUGCA